AUGGUGCUUGAAAAGACUAAGGUUAUUGACGGACGUGACCACCUUCUUGGUCGUUUGGCCAGUAUUGUCGCCAAGGAGCUUCUUGCUGGACAAAAGAUCGUUAUUGUUAGAUGCGAUGAGAUGACUGUCUCUGGUUCCUUGGUCAGAAACCGUGUCAAGUAUGCCCAAUUCCGCAAAAAGCGCAUGAACACAAACCCCACCAGAGGUCCAUUCCACUUCAAGUCCCCUGCUAUGAUGGUCUGGCGCACAAUCCGCGGUAUGGUUCACCAGAAGACCGCCCGUGGUCAAGAGGCGUUGAGCCGUCUUUCCACUUUCGACGGAAUCCCACAACCUUAUGAUAAGCAAACCCGUGUUGUUGUUCCAGCUGCCAUCCGUGCUAUCCGCAUCAAGCCUGGACGCCAUUACACUGUUCUUGGAACUUUGGCUGACUCCAUCGGUUGGAAGCACAAGGAUCUUCUUGAGAGACUCGAAUCUAAGAGAAAAGCCGAGUCCAAGGAACACUACGAACAAAAGAAGGCCAAGGCUGCCCUUCGGCGAAAGGCAGAAGAGGCAUGUGCAGGAGAGCUUACCAAGGUAAACGAAGUUCUUGCCGCUGCAGGAUAUUAA